AUGGCAUACAGAAAACUAGCAAUAGUAACGCAAUUGAUCUCAGCUGCUUGCUGUGUAGCAUUAGGGAUAUACGAGGAGACGUUUAUGGACUCAGUAUAUGGGGAAUUGGUUGCAUCGACGGAAUCGCAAAAUUAUAAGCAAGUAUUAUUAGAGACAGGUGAACUUACAAGGGAUGCUAAAUACGAUAAGAUAAUAAAAGGCUCAUCAAUUGAUUUGAGUCAGUUUGAUCCGAAUGAUAUUGGCUCAUUCCAACAGGUACUUGAUAUAUAUCACCUGGCACACAAAUCAAACAUGGAUCAACAGCAUAAUGAUGUAUAUUACGAGAAAGCACAUGAAUCGUACAAGAAAUACAGGCCUAAAGUGAAAUUUCCAAAUGAUGAUGACACGUCAGAUAUCUACGACGAAUCCAACAACAUGUUUGGAGGAAUAACUACUUACGGUCAUUUUAGGCAUUUCAAUUGCUUUGACCCCAAACUAUUCGACGAAAAAAUCGAUAUUGCUGUGGUGGGAGCACCGUUCGACACAGGAGUGUCAUUCAGACCGGGGGCUCGCUUUGGACCCGAUGCAAUCAGACUGGCUAGUAAACGGCUAGGAGGUGUGUCUCCAGAUAGAGGUCGCGGCAAUCCUAACACCAACAUGACGGAAAUCAACCCAUAUGACCCUCGCAGUCACAAUCUCAGCAUAAUCGACUGCGGAGACAUUCCUAUGACGCCAUUUGAUAAUAGAAUUGCCCUCAACCAGUUGUAUCGCGGCCAGAGAUCUAUUCACAAGCAUGCGAGCAGAAACAAGCCCAAGAUCAUCACCAUGGGAGGUGACCAUACGGUGACACUUAUGGCCUUGAAGUCGGCUUACGAGCACCACGGACCGCUUUCUGUGCUUCAUUUCGAUUCGCACAUCGACACUUGGCACCCCAAGAAGCUCGGAGGUGGUAUAACUAACUAUAUGUCUCUCAACCACGGCACAUUCCUCCAUUAUGCUGCCGAACAGGGCUAUUUGAAUAAAGGCUCGUGCUACCACUUGGGAAUGCGCGCACCCUACAACGACUACCAGUACGAUUCGCACCAUGACAAACACUAUUGUGGUUUCAACACCAUCACCGCCCGUGACCUCGACAACUUGGGCAGAGCCCAUAUUGUCGAAUCCAUCAAGAAGGCCGUUGGCUCAUCCCCUGUGUAUGUCUCGGUGGAUAUCGAUGUAUUGGAUCCUGCCACGGCUCCGGGUACCGGUACCGUUGAAGUCGGAGGAUGGACCGCACGUGAACUCUUAUCUGUAUUGGACGGGUUAGAAGGCCUCAAUGUAGUGGGUGGUGACGUGGUCGAGGUGAGUCCUCCCUACGAUACCAACUCAGGCAUCACUGCUCUUGCAGCCACCGGGGUGAUAGACUCUCUAAUGGGACUUAUGAUGGUGAAAACGUUACCCGCACACCUUUCCUAA